AUGAGUCCAGCCCUCCAGCGAGGUGUCCGGACUCUGUCAUGGACACGAGUUGUUCCUCGCGCCCACCGACAGACCAGAUGCAUCCAGAUUCGCGCGGCGUCCUCGGAAGAGCCCUCCGCCAACGGGGACCAUCUGCCCCUCGCCAGCACGCCUAGUUCCGCGGAGUCGCGAGAUGCGCGGUUCGAGGUCAUCGGCGCCCCAUAUUCGCUCCUCUCGGUAUCGCUCUCGGCUUCGCAGAACCUGUACACGCGCCGGGGAACCUUGGUGGGGUUGAGCGGCAAAGCGGAUAAUGUGGUUUCAACGCUGAGCGUCCUCGAACCUUUCCGCAGAGCUCCUCUUGGUGUGCCCUUCCUCUAUCAGAAGGUCUCCUCCGCGAGCCCAGUCACAGCCCUUGUCUCUGUUCGGUCGCCGACGACCUCCUUCGCGGUCGUGAAUCUUAAUGGCUCUGUUGAUUGGAUGGUGGCCCAGCGGCGCGCUCUGCUGGCAUGGACGGGCCGGUCUUUGUCCAUCAAGCCAACCAUCAAUAGCAAUCUGAGCUUGGCUCAUUGGGGGAGCUCCGAAGUCACUGGCAGAGGACUGGUGGCGUUGGUCGGCAACGGUCAGGUAUACUCCGUGGAGUUGAAAGACGGCGAGCAGUACAUCGCUCAUCCCAGCAACGUCGUCGCCUACACCAUGUCCUCCAACCCCCCUCAUCCCUACCGCUUCAAAUCCACCACUCUCAACUUCCAGGUCCCCGGUCUGAAAACACUACCCCGAUUGCUGCAGAGCAACAAGUUCAUCCGGAACAUGUCCGACACCAAGACUUGGAAGACUACCAUGAGUUUCCUGCACAAGGUGCGAACAUGGUCUCGGAUGACCAUCUGGGGUGAUAGACUGUUCCUGCAAUUUGACGGACCCGCAACGAUCCUCAUACAAUCGCGCGGCCCUCGUGUGAACGAUAUCCUCUCCGAACGUCAAGUCAACGAGAUCGCCGACGCUCCCCGCGGAGUCACCUCCCCCGCCUCUCAAGAGGCUGAGAAAGCCGUCCUCUCCGAAGCCGAUAUCUCUCGCUCCGUCGAGGAUCUUAACCAGGAGCUCCGAGGAAUCAGCCAGAGUGUUGCGCAGAUUCGGAAGGAUGGCACGGUCGAGGUCAAGGAGGUUGGCCGGACAAACCCUAAGGAUCUGUAA